GUGAGUUGAGACUUAUAGCCGGAUGCAAGGCACAUCCUGUGUGCAGCCUUGAUGAACACGGUAUGUGCUUUAAGUAGUUUUUAUGUUGGCGGGACCGUCCUGGAGAUUGGCAAAGAACUGAGCUUUUACGCAUCCUGUCACAAGACCAAAAAGCAGCAAAGCCGAGGAAACUGCACGAGAGGCGAAGCAGAACAGAGACAUGGCGGAAUCGCUGGUGGUUUGUGACGUGGCUCCUGAGCUUUCUGAGAGGCUGAAAGAAUUCCGUUUCCGCAAACAUACCAACAAUGCAGCGAUUAUCAUAAAAAUUGACAAAGACAAGCAGUUGGUGGUUCUGGAGGAAGAACAUGAGAACAUUUCUCCUGAUGAGCUCCGGGAUGAGCUCCCAGAACGGCAACCUCGAUUCGUGGUUUACAGUUACAAAUACGUCCAUGAGGACAAGAGGGUUUCCUACCCGCUCUGCCUGAUCUUCAGCAGUCCCCUGGGGUGCAAGCCUGAACAGCAGAUGAUGUACGCCGGGAGCAAGACAAGAUUGGUGCAAAUCGCAAACCUCACCAAGGUGUUUGAGAUCAGGAACACCGAGGACCUGACUGAGGAAUGGCUGCUACAGAAACUCUCCUUUUUCCGGUGAACAUUUUGCCCCUUGCACUCACCCCUUACGGAGACGAGCCAAAGCAACACAGCAGCCAUUCAGGGGCUGCUCGUGUAUCAGUACAACUCAGCUGAUCCCAAUUUCCCAGCCUUUUCCUCCCUCAAUGUCCUUCUUCCACAAGUAUCUAUCCAUCUCCCUUUUCAACACCUCAAUUGAUUCUGCUUUCCACUGGAUGGUGGUGGGGGGAUGGGGCGGAUUUCAGAUGGAUUUUAAUCUCGAAAAAGCUUCUGGUGUUUUUUUCCUGUAAAAAAAAAUUAAAAUAUUAUAACUUUUCAAAA